AUGGAGAAAAUGGAGAGAAGAAAUGAGACUACCACUCCAGAAUUCAUCCUUUUAGGAUUUGGAGAUCUCCAGGAACUACAGUUUCUUCUCUUUGUGGUUUUUCUAAUUAUCUAUAUUGCGACUAUGGCUGGAAAUAUCCUCAUUGUUAUCCUAGUUGUGACUGAUCCACACUUACACACCCCCAUGUAUUUCUUCCUUGCAAAUCUGUCUUGUUUGGAGAGUUGUUACUGCUCAACUAUCAUUCCAAGAAUGCUAGUCAGUUUUUUAACUGGUAACAACCAUGUUUCUGUGAAUGGCUGUAUUGUUCAGUUAUGGGUUUUUGGUUUCUUAAUAGCGUCGGAAUGCUAUCUCCUGACAGCAAUGUCUUAUGACCGCUACUUAGCAAUAUGUAAACCUCUGCAUUACUCAGUCCUUAUGAAUUUCAAAGUUUGUCUCCAGCUGAUCUCAGGUUCCUUUUUUGGCAGUUUUGUGAUAAACCUGAUCUUAUUACUUUUUGUACUGCAGUUACACUUCUGUGGCCACAGUGUUAUUGAUCAUUUCUUUUGUGAUUUCAUUCCAAUAGCCAAUGUUGCCUGCAGUGAUGCACAUCAGAUAAAACUUUUAUCAGUCCUUCUAACAUCCAUCUGCACCCUACCACCUUUCAGUAUAACAAUAACAUCAUAUGGAUGUAUCAUUAUUGCCAUUCUUGGAAUCCCAUCCACAACUGGGAGGCAAAAAGCCUUCUCUACUUGCUCUUCUCAUCUCAUUGUGGUGACCAUUUUCUAUGGAACUCUCAUCAUUGUGUACAUUCUGCCAGACAGCAAUGGACUGCGGGAGCUGAAAAAACUCUUCUCUGUUUUUUACACCAUUCUCACACCUCUGAUCAAUCCUCUCAUUUAUAGUCUAAGAAACAAUGAAGUAAAGGUGGCACUCAGGAAAGCAGCUUCCAAAUGUGCUGCUUGCAAACAUGUUGAUUGA